CCAUAUAUUUUGUGACUGGUACGAACAGCAGACACUUCUGUGGCGUUCGUUCCGGGGCACAGAGCACUUUGAUCAUCCGCAACUCGACGGUUACUUUCAUCUCAAGAACCUUUUAUCUUUUCGUGUUCGCACUUCCGUCAACAUGUCAACCCCCAAGAAAGUGUGCAUCGUCGGCUCCGGCAAUUGGGGAUCUGCCAUUGCCAAGAUUGUUGGAGCCAAUGCCAAGAAGUCACCAACCUUUGUUGAUCGUGUCACCAUGUACGUUUAUGAAGAAAUGAUUGAUGGCAAGAAGCUGACAGAGAUUAUCAACACUACCCAUGAGAAUGUCAAGUACCUGCCUGGACACAAACUUCCUGAAAAUGUGGUGGCUGUUCCUGACCUUGUUGAAGCUGCUGAUGAUGCGGACAUCUUAAUUUUUGUUGUACCUCACCAGUUUAUUCCUCGAUUAUGCCAGAGCCUUGUAGGAAAAGUGAAGCCAACAUGCAUGGGACUUUCUUUGAUUAAGGGCUUUGACCGACCAGAGGGUGGUGGCAUUGACCUCAUCUCCAACAUCAUCACCCGCUUGCUAGGAAUCCAGAUGGCAGUCUUAAUGGGUGCCAACUUAGCUGGUGAAGUUGCUGAUGGCAACUUCUGUGAAACCACCAUUGGCUGCAAUGACAAGGCCAUGGCUCCUGUCCUGAAGGAAUUGUGCCAAGCUGACUUCUUUAGGGUAGUGGUUGUUGAUGACAGAAACACAGUUGAAAUUUGCGGUGCUCUCAAGAACAUUGUUGCCUGUGCUGCUGGUUUUACUGAUGGCCUGGGUCUUGGAGAUAAUACCAAGGCAGCAGUUAUCAGAUUGGGUCUCAUGGAGAUGAUCAAGUUUGUCGACACUUUCUUCCCUGGCUCCAAACUUAGCACUUUCUUCGAGAGCUGUGGUGUUGCAGACUUGAUUACAACUUGCUAUGGUGGCCGCAACAGGAAAGUGUCAGAAGCUUUCGUCAAGACUGGCAAGUCCAUUGUGGAUUUGGAGGCUGAGAUGCUCAAUGGACAGAAGCUCCAAGGUCCCAUCACUGCUGAGGAAGUUAACGUAAUGCUGAAGGCGAAAAACAUGGAGGACAAGUUCCCACUCUUCACAGCCGUCCACAAAAUCUGUACUGGUCAGAUCAAGCCUGCACUGCUGGUUGACAGCCUGAAGAACCACCCAGAACACAUUGAAAUUAAGCUGUAAUAGUUACCACCUUUAAAUCUGGGGAUGAAAAAUAUGCUACACCGAUGGAUAUAGUUCAGACUAGCUCCCUGGUCAGUCUUGUCUCUAAAGAUGAUUCAACCACUAAGUGUCAUGAGACCAUCACCUAACUGUGUUCAAAAUUGUUACAAAAGUGCUUUGCAGAGUUUUAUCCUUAAUAAAUUUGCCUAUUAUGAAUUUUUUUGUAGAUUCUGACUUCCAAUCACUGUGCUGCCAGUUGGGCUAAAAAAAAAACAUUCUAUUUUAAUUCUUGUAAGGAAAUAUGAAUUAAGAUGUACAUAAGGUUAUUUUCCUGUACUUAUGCAAUACAUGCACAUACAAUUUACAAGUUGAAAAUUGAAUGCUAUUCAGGGUUCCUGGGCCAUAGUGGAAUGGCAAAGAUGCAGGCAUCUUCCAAUUGUGCUCAAAUAUAUCUAAGAUUGAAGUUGUAUCUUCUAGUAUCGGAACUUUCUGCUAGUCAGGACAAAUUGCUGAGAGUUGUCAGGCAUAUCUUUGAAUUAUGUGAAACUAUUGCCUCUCCUUGUCAAGUGCCAUCAUGCAGGGUCUUGAAGCGUGUGAUAGCUCAAGGUGGAAGUGAAAAUUGUCUCGGGCUGUUAUUGUUUUAGUCUAAUUUAGUGAAAACUGAGCAAGUUAAAUUAAUGUCAAAUGAAGUGUACCUGUUCAUUUGCUUAGUUAGGAAGGACACCAUGACCAUUGGCUGGCUGGUUCUAAUACACCAAUUUGAUUUCCUCUAGUCAUGCUUGUAGUUCAUUUUAUUGAAAAGUUUCAAAAAUCUAUUCUGGUCUCUAUUUUAGUGAAGUAGGAACUGCACUGUUUACAAAUAUUUUAAAGUAAUCACUUCACAUGUUAAAAUGUCUUCUAGUAGGAAACCAAUCAGUACUUAUUGCACAGGGGUUAAUUUGAAAACUAAGCAUAAUUUAUCUUCACUGAAAGGUCUGUCCAUUGUAUGUACUUCCCUGGUUUAUUUCGUGAAAAAAAUAAAAACUUCACAUUUUUAGGCAA